UUUUUAUUUUUACAGAGCUCUUUGAAUGGGCAGUGGAAGGGAUAUAAAAAUUUAAACGCUUAUAUUUGGUGUAUAAAAUUUAUUAUUACUUUGGGUUUUUUUAUUAUUAUUUUUUUAUUUUUUAUAUUCGAUUUAUUUCAUUUUGUGGUUGAGAAUUUUUAUAUAGUCUAUCUUGUAUUUGUUUUAUUCUUGAUGCUGGCUAGGCUUGACUACUUAAAUCGCGGUUAAAUAUUAUAAAUUAAAAAAAAAAUUUUAAUUUGGUUUAGCUUCAAGUCAGCUUCAAGUCCGAAUCUUAUUUUAAGUAUAAUAUAUAAAUUUCUCAAGUGAAUGGUUUCAUUAUUGUACAGUCAUUUAAAUUACUAAGAUCUCUUCCCGUUUUGUUUUCCAUUUUUUUUUUUUUUUGUUUUCGUGUUGUUUAAUUAUUUUUGUACACAAAAUAAUGUUUAAUAUAGUAUAUACGCUUUCAUAUAUUGCAAAUUAAAUCAUAACGUGGUGUUAAUAUACAAACAUACAUACUUACAUAUAAAUUAGUUGGUAAAAUGUGUAAAUAUUUUAGUAAUUAGAGUUAAAAAGUAUGUGUUUAUAGUAAAAUUUUACAUGUUGCUUAAUUGCAUUAGAGUAAAAAAAAAUUUUUUGUUUUUUUAAAUAAAACUCAAUUGAAUUAAAUAUAUAUUUAUGUACAUACAAAAUAUAUACAAUAACAUAAAGAAGUUAAUUAAAAAUAAUUUUAAAAUUUAAAUUGAAAAAUGCAAUGUGAUGAUUCUAAUAGUGAAAGAGAGUGUGGCGGCGCCUUGGCGAUGUCACCAACAGCCGAUAUUAAAAAAACUGCUAAUACAAGGGGAGAAAGUGAACAACGUGAAACAUGGUCUGGCAAAGUAGACUUUUUAUUAUCAGUUAUUGGAUUUGCAGUAGAUUUGGCCAAUGUUUGGAGAUUUCCAUACUUGUGUUACAAAAAUGGAGGCGGCGCUUUUCUCGUUCCAUAUUGCAUAAUGUUGCUUGUUGGAGGUAUUCCUCUCUUUUAUAUGGAAUUAGCUUUAGGCCAGCAUAACAGAAAAGGCGCUAUAACUUGUUGGGGUCGGCUUGUACCAUUAUUCAAAGGAAUUGGUUAUGCCGUUGUAUUGAUCGCUUUUUACGUUGAUUUUUAUUACAACGUUAUUAUUGCGUGGUCAUUGAGAUUUUUCUUCGCAUCAUUCACCAGUAGCCUACCAUGGACAUCAUGUGAUAAUACGUGGAAUACGCUUGACUGUCGACCAUUUGGACAAAAGUUUUGGUCAAAUAGCUCUCUAAUAGAAGGAAAUGACACUCUUCUUCUGCAAAAUGACACCCAAUUAAUUAUCAGUAAUGAAACAGAAUCAACCGAAAAGUUUCAGUCAGCAGCUUUGGAAUAUUUCAAUCGUUACAUUCUAGAAUUAAAUCAAAGCCAGGGAAUUCAUGAUUUGGGGGCUAUUAAAUGGGACAUGGCAAUUUGUCUCUUAAUUGUUUAUGUUAUUUGUUAUUUCUCGUUGUGGAAAGGUAUAGCCACAUCGGGAAAAGUUGUUUGGUUUACAGCUUUAUUUCCAUACGUAGUUCUUUUUAUAUUAUUUAUAAGAGGAAUAACAUUGCCUGGAUCUUUAAUGGGUAUACAAUAUUAUUUAAAUCCAAAUUUUAGUAAAAUUUAUAAAGCUGAAGUUUGGGUGGAUGCGGCAACACAAGUUUUCUUUUCAUUAGGGCCUGGAUUCGGGGUUUUAUUAGCUUACGCAUCAUACAACAAAUAUCAUAACAAUGUUUACAAGGACGCUCUCUUAACAAGUUGUAUAAAUUCAGCAACAAGUUUUGUGGCUGGUUUCGUAAUAUUUUCAGUGCUUGGGUACAUGGCAUAUUCUUCGGGUCAAGAUAUUAAAGAUGUGGCUACCGAAGGACCAGGUUUAGUAUUCGUAGUAUAUCCGGCUGCUAUAGCGACAAUGCCUGGGAGUACAUUUUGGGCAUUGAUAUUUUUCAUGAUGUUGUUAACACUGGGUUUAGACAGUUCGUUUGGUGGUUCUGAAGCAAUUAUAACAGCGCUAAGUGAUGAAUUUCCAAAAAUUGGUAAAAAUCGUGAAGUAUUCGUGGCUAUAUUAUUUACUAUAUACUUUAUUGUUGGACUUGCAAGUUGUACCCAAGGAGGAUUUUAUUUUUUCCAACUAUUAGACCGUUUUGCAGCUGGCUACAGUAUUUUAAUAGCCGUAUUAUUCGAAGCGAUUGCCGUGUCGUGGAUUUAUGGAACAAAUCGAUUUUGUGAAGAUAUUCAAGAUAUGAUUGGCUUUAAACCAGGCGUUUAUUGGAGAGUGUGUUGGAGGUUUAUUGCACCAAUAUUUUUAUUGUUUAUUAUUGUUUAUGGUUUAAUUGGCUAUGAACCACUUCAAUAUGAAGACUAUAUUUAUCCGUACUGGGCAAAUGUAUUAGGUUGGUGUAUUGCAGGAUCAUCUGUCGUUAUGAUACCGGCAAUGGCUAUUUACAAAAUUCUAACAACUCCCGGUAGUAUUAAACAGCGAAUUAAAGUUUUAACAACACCAUGGCGAGAUAUGCAAAUUACUGUAAAUGGUGUGGUUACCGAACCGACUGGUGUCCGAUUACUUGAUACAAAAGAACAUGCUGUAGAAGUUUGAGGACGAAAGCUUACUAGAUUUAAAAUUUAUUAUGUUUAAAUAUAAUAUACAAAAAGAAAUGUAAACAACGCGUUCAUAAUUAAUAGCGAAAUUUUAUGAUACAAAACACAAAAAAAAGCGUAAAACAACAUCGUACACACACAUAUAUAAAUAUAAGUGAACACAAACACUGUAACAUGUCAAAUGAGUAAGAUGUCAUCCAUUUAGUUUUAAUAUACUUACAAAUUAAGAAUUAAUUAUUAGAAUAAAUUUUGUUUUUAUUAUAUAAGAAUAAUAUUUAAGUCAUUAUAAAAUAUUAUUAUACAUAAUUAUUAACUAUUAUAAUAGUUAUAGAUUGAAUGUUAUAGAAAUGUUAUAUAUAUACACAUAUAA